AUGGAUAUUCCCUCAGACCCUUUCAAUCUCAAAGAGAUUAAACAACAAUGGGAGUUGGAGGAAUCUUUACUCAAAAGGGAAAAAGAACUUCUCGAAGAGCUUCAAAGGCGAAACAAUCGAUCACAUGAAUACUUAAGACGACCAAAUGGGGAAGACUUACAAAGGUUACUCCAAGUUGGACAAGAGCGCGAUUUUCCUGGAAUGAUUGGAAGCUUGGCAAGGACAGUUAUUAAUGGACACAAGGGCACAUCAACAAUUAUCUUCGAGGCAGUGGCAUCUUAUGAUUUGUGGAUAUGGCAUGCUUUUUUUGGCAUGCCCGGAACAUUGAACGAUAUUAAUGUAUUAGACAGGUCACCAAUUUUUGACGACAUUGAGUCUAGUGAAGCUCUUGCUGUGAACUUCACUGUGAAUGGUCGACAAUACAAUCUUGCCUACUAUCUUGCUAAUGAAAUCUAUCCUAAAUGGCCCAUAUUUGUCCAAUCAAUUCAAAUGCCCCAAGGAGACAAAGCGCAGUUGUUUGCAAAACAACAAGAAGCAUGUAGAAAGAUGUAG